AUGGGUCGCAAGAAGAAGAGAGCUGACAAGCCGUGGUGCUGGUAUUGCAACCGUGAGUUUGAUGACGAUAAGAUUCUAAUCCAACACCAGAAAGCCAAACACUUCAAAUGCCACAUUUGCCACAAGAAGCUCUUCUCUGGCUCCGGACUUUCUAUUCACUGCUUGCAGGUGCAUAAAGAAACUGUUACGAAGGUGCCAUGCGCGAUUCCGGGAAGAGAUUCGACCGAUAUGCCAAUCUACGGAAUGGAAGGAGUGCCGCCGGGAGCUACUCGUGGAAGGGCCAUGGACGACGACGAACCGGCUUCAAAGAUGCAAAGAGAAGACGGUUAUGAUCCAUACGGAAUGCCACCUAUGCCACCCUCUGGCCCUGCUCCACCACCAGGCCCGGGCGGAUACGGAUACCCGCCGCAGCACCCUUCGUACGGUGGCUAUCCACCAAUGCCGCCACAAUAUGGGGGCAACCCAUAUGGCCCGCCACAAUAUCCUCCGCGUGGACCUGAAUCAUUCGGGGCAUACGCGCAUCAUCAUCAUCAUGGUCACAUGCCACCGAUGCCGUCGGGGCCGCCGGGUUAUGGUGGCCCGGCUUAUCCACCGAUGCCGCCUUCCGGAGGCGAUUGGAAUUACCAGCGAGAGCCGGCCAGGCCGCCUGCCGAUCAGCCGUACGAUUCUCCCGCCGCAGCUGCUGCCCCACCAUCCAGCGCCCCUGCACCAUCCAAGCUCGGCGCCAAAACGCGCAUCAUUCAUCCGGAUGAUCAUUCUAUUUCACUUGAAGAACGCCGGUUGCAGAUGAUAGAAAACGGACCGUCCGGUUAUCGC